CUGGCGCCGCUGCGCUCCGAGCGCUCACACCGCGGCCGCCUUAGCGGCGUAGCAGAUAAAUCCCCCGAACCGCUGGCGACUUACGCCUCUGCUAGCGGCUCCCAAUCUCCCCGACCGUCAAGCAUCUCUCUUUCGAUUACUCAUCUGCUUCUCUUUCUCUCUCUCACACACACACAUACACAUCAUACCAAUUCAUACACUGGAGGAUAAAAAAAGAACAUUUCCUUCGCGCCCCCUCCCUCCCAAUCCUGAGAAGCAGAGGAGCCGCGCGGUGAAGGGGCCCGGACCGCCUGGAAAUGCUAAUCCUAAAGCGCUUCCUCGCUUGCAUUCAGCUGCUCUGUGUGUGCCGCCUGGAUUUGGCUUAUGGAUAUUAUAGACAACAGAGAAAACUUGUUGAAGAGAUUGGCUGGUCCUAUACAGGACCACUGAAUCAAAAAAAUUGGGGAAAGAAAUAUCCAGCAUGUAAUAGCCUCAAACAAUCACCCAUCAAUAUUGAUGAAGAUCUUACACAAGUAAAUGUGAAUCUUAAGAAACUUAAAUUUCAGGGUUGGGAUAAAACAUCUUUGGAAAACACAUUCAUUCAUAACACUGGGAAAACAGUUGAAAUUAAUCUCACUAACGACUACCGUCUCAGUGGAGGAGUUUCAGAAAUAGUAUUCAAAGCAAGCAAGAUAACUUUUCACUGGGGAAAAUGCAAUAUGUCAUCUGAUGGAUCAGAACAUAGUUUAGAAGGACAAAAAUUUCCACUUGAGAUGCAAAUCUACUGCUUUGAUGCGGACCGAUUUUCAAGUUUUGAGGAAGUCGUUAAAGGAAAAGGGAAGUUAAGAGCUUUAUCCAUUUUAUUUGAGGUUGGAACAGAAGAAAAUUUGGAUUACAAAGCGAUUAUUGAUGGGGUCGAGAGUGUUAGUCGUUUUGGUAAGUUACUCAGAGAAAUAUCCUUCUUUAAGAUUCUACUUUGGAUGCAUAUGAGUUUUUACAAUAUUACAAAUGUUCCAAGAGGAGGAAGCAACUUCACACUGUCGUUUAGUGGCUUCGUAACUUCAGUUUGUAGUUCAGAACCAGAAAAUGUUCAGGCUGACCCAGAGAAUUAUACCAGCCUUCUUGUUACAUGGGAGAGACCUCGAGUGGUUUAUGAUACCAUGAUUGAGAAGUUUGCUGUCCUUUACCAGCAGUUGGAGGGAGAAGACCAAACUAAGCAUGAAUUCCUGACAGAUGGCUAUCAGGACUUGGGUGCUAUACUCAAUAAUCUACUACCCAAUAUGAGUUAUGUUCUUCAAAUAGUAGCCAUAUGCACUAAUGGCUUAUAUGGAAAAUACAGUGACCAGCUGAUUGUUGAUAUGCCUUCUGACAACACUGACCUUGACCUCUUUCCUGAAUUAAUUGGAACUGAAGAAAUAAUCAAGGAGGAAGAAGAUGGAAAAGAGAUUGAAGAUGACACUAUUGUGAAUCCUGGUAGAGACAGUGCCACAAACCAAAUAAGGAAAAAGGAACCACAGAUUCCUACCACGACAAACUACCAUCACAUAGAGACUAAAUACAAUGAGGCCAAGACUAACCGAUCCCCAGCAAGAGGAGGUGGAUUCUCUGGAAAGAGUGAUGUUCCCAAAGUGUUUUUAAAUUAUACUUCUGAACCAAUAACUGAAUUAACCUCCGAAGAGGAUGUUUCCUUGACUUCACAAACUGUGACUGAACUGCCCCUUCAUACUGGAGAAGCUACUUCAGCCUCUUUAGAUGAAGGCUAUAAAAUCAUUCUUACGUUUCCACAGAUGAACUUGUCUGGGACUGUGGAAUCUUUAAAUGCAGUUUCUGUAAUGGAAUCCCAAGAGGUAUCUACUGAUAUCAGUGAGGAUGAGAGUUUACUGACCAAUUUCAAGCUCAAUACAGGAACUGAUGAUUCUUCAGGUUCCAGUCCUGCAACCUCCGCCAUGUCAUUCAUCUCUGAGAACAUAUCCCAAGGGUAUAUAUUUUCUUCAGAAAACCCAGAGGUGAUCACAUAUGAUGUCCUUUUACCAGAAUCUACAAGAAAUUCUUCUGAAGAGUCAACCUCAUCUGGUUCAGAAGAAUCUUUAAAGGAUCCUUCCAUCGAUGGAGAUGCGUGGUUUCCUAGCACUACAGAUGUGACAACACAACCCGAUGUUGGAUCAGGCAGAGAGAGGUUUCUCCAGACUAAUUACACUCAGAUAAAUAUUAAUGAAUCUGAGAAGACAACUGAGUCCUCUGCCCCGGGUCCACUGAUGUCACAGGCUCCCUCAGUCACAGAUAUAGAAAUGCCACAUUAUUCUACCUUUGCCUACUUCCCAACUGAGGUGACACCCCAUGCUUUUACUCCAUCCUCUGGACAACACGAUUCAUUCCCCACUGUCAAGGUGGUGCUUUUGCAGACAACUCAACCAAUGUACAAUGGUGAGACACUUCUUCAACCUUCCUCCAGUAGUGAAGUCUUUCCUAUAGUCACCCCUUUGUUGCUUGACAAUCAGACCCUCAACACUGUCCCUGCUGCUUCAAGUAGUGAUUCGGCCUUGCAUGCUACGCCUGUAUUUCCCAGUGUUGAUGUGUCAUUUGAAUCCAUCCUGUCUUCCUAUGAUGGUGCACCUUUGCUUCCAUUUUCCUCUGCUUCCUUCAGUAGUGAAUUGUUUCAUCAUCUGUAUACAGUUUCUCAAAUCCUUCCACAAGUUACUUCAGCUAUUGAAAGUGAUAAUGUGUCCCUGCAUGCUUCUCUACCAGUGGCUGGGGGUGAUUUUUUAUUAGAGCCCAGCCUUGCUCAAUAUUCUGAUGUGGUGUCACAUCAGACCACCACUCAUGCUGCUUCAGAGACAUUGGAAUCUGGUAGUGAAUCUGGUGCCCUUUAUCAAACACUUAUGUUUUCUCAAGUUGAACCAUCCAGCAGUGAUGCCAUGAUGCAUGCACAUUCUUCAGGGCCUGAACUUUUUUAUGCCUUAUCUAAUAAUGAGGGCUCCCAACAAAGCUUCACUGUUUCUUACAGCUCUGCAAUACCUGUGCAUGAUUCUGUUAAUGUAGCACAUCAGGGUUCCUUAUUUAGCAGCCCUAGCCAUGUACUGAUGCCUAAACCUUCAUUAAUAACCCCAACUGCAUCACUGCUACAGCCUACUCAUGCCCUCUCUGGUGAUGUGGAGUGGUCUGGAGCUGCCUCUGGUAGUGAAUUCCUUUUAUCUGACACAGAUGGUCUGACAGCCCUUAACAUUUCUUCAUCAGUUUCUGUAGGUGAAUUUACAUACACAACAGCUCUGUUAGGUGAUGAUAAUAAGCCGCUUCUUGAGAGUGAUAUAACAUAUGGAAAUGAGACUGAACUACAAAUUUCCUCUUCCAGUAAAAUCAUUUACCACUCUGAAAGCACAGUCAUGCCUGACCUGUAUGAUAAUGCAAAUAAGCUGAAUGCAUCUUUACAAGAAACCCCAGUUUCCAUUUCUAGCACAAAGGGCAUGUUUCCAGGGAGUCUUGCUUUUAUCACCACUAAGGUUUUUGAUCUUGAGAUUAGUCAAGUUCCAGAAAAUAACUUUUCAGUUCAACCUACACUUGCUGUAUCUCAAGCCUUUGGUGAUGCUUCGCUUAAACCUGUGCUUACUGCAACCUCAGAGCCAACACCCUCUGACCCUGCUUCUAGUGACAUAUUGUCUCCUUCAACUCAGCUAUUAUUUUAUGAGACCUCAGCUCCUUUUAUUACUGAAGCAUUGCUGCAAGCUUCCUUUCAGGCUUCUGAUGUUGACACCUUGCUUAAAACUGCUCUUCCAGCUUUGCCUAGUGAUCCAAUACUGAUUGAAGCCCCCAAAGUUGACAAAAAUAGUUCUACAAUAUUACAUCUCAUGGCAUCAUAUUCUGCUUCAAGUAAAACCCUGCUGCACUCUACAUCUGUGCCCAUUUUUGAGGUAUCACCUACUUCUCAUGUGCAGUCUGCUUCACUUCAAGGUUUAACCAUUUCUUAUUCAAGUGAAAAAUAUUUUGAACCAGUUUUGCUUAAAAGUGAGAGUUCCCAACAAGCAGUACCUUCAUUGUACGGUAAUGAUGACUUGUUCCAUACUGCUCAUUUGGAGAUUAACCAUGCCUUUCCCCAAAAAGUAAGGCAUGCAUUUGCUACUCCUGUCUUAUCGAUUGAUAUGCUUCCAAAUACACUUACAAAUAAGAUUGAAUAUUCUGAUGAAGUUUUCACCUCCACAAAAAGUUCUGUUGCUGCUGUUGCUGAUGAGGUAUUUGUCGUUUCAGAUACACUUGUAUCUGCUGAGCAUUCCGCUCCUUUAGGAAAUGCCUAUGUUUCCAUUACAGCCAUUUCUCCCAACAGGGAUGGUUCUUUGACCACAACCCUGUUGCCGUUUCCCUCUAAAACAACUUCUGAGCUGACUCACAGUGCCAGUUCUGAUGCUGAUUUAGUAGGAGGUGGUGAUGAUGGUGAUAUUGAUGAUUAUGAUGAUGAUGAUGAUGACAGAGAUAGCGAUGAUUUAUCCAUAAAUAAGUGUAUGUCCUGCUCAUCCUAUAGCAAAUCUCAGGAGAAGGCAAAGAAUGAAUCAGACACUCAGGAUAACAGUCUUAUGGAUCAGGAAAACCCCAUCUCACAUUCACUAUCUGAGAAUUCUGAAGAAGAAAAUAAAGUCAUAGGUGUAACCUCAGACAGUCAGACUGAUUUGGACAGAAGUCCUGUUAAAACGCCACCGACAAAUGUGCUACUUCAGAGGCACGGUGAUGGGAAGGAGGAAAAUGACAUUCAGCCUGGUAGUGCCUUGCUUCCUUUCAUCCCAGAAUCUAAAUCAUGGGCAGUUCUUACAAGUGAUGAAGAGAGUGGAUCAGGGCAAGGCACCUCAGAUAGCCUUAAUGAUAAUGAGACGUCCACAGAUUUCGGUUUUCCAGAUGUUAUUGAAAGAGAUGCUGAUGGGGUCCUGGAAGCAGGUGACUCAGAAAUAACUCCUGGAUCCCCACGGUCCUCAACACCAUCUAUCACUAGUGGGCGCUCACAAGUAUUCAACGUUUCAGAGGCAGAGGCCAGUAAUAGUAGCCAUGAGUCUCGUAUUGGUCUAGCUGAGGGUUUGGAAUCCGAGAAGAAGACAGUUAUACCCCUUGUGAUCGUGUCAGCCCUGACUUUUAUCUGUCUAGUGGUUCUUGUGGGUAUUCUCAUCUACUGGAGGAAAUGCUUCCAGACUGCUCACUUUUAUUUAGAGGACAGUACAUCUCCUCGAGUCAUAUCCACUCCCCCAACACCUAUCUUUCCAAUUUCAGAUGAUGUUGGAGCAAUUCCAGUAAAGCACUUUCCAAAGCAUGUUGCAGACUUACAUGCAAGUAGUGGGUUUACUGAAGAAUUUGAGACACUGAAAGAGUUUUACCAGGAAGUACAGAGCUGUACUGUUGACUUAGGUAUUACAGCAGACAGCUCCAACCACCCAGACAACAAGCACAAGAACCGAUACAUAAAUAUUGUUGCCUAUGAUCAUAGCAGGGUUAAACUUGCACAACUUGCUGAAAAAGAUGGCAAACUGACUGAUUACAUCAAUGCCAAUUAUGUUGAUGGCUACAACAGACCGAAAGCUUACAUUGCAGCCCAAGGCCCUCUGAAAUCCACAGCCGAAGAUUUCUGGAGAAUGAUAUGGGAGCAUAAUGUGGAAGUCAUUGUCAUGAUAACAAACCUUGUGGAAAAAGGAAGGAGAAAAUGUGACCAAUACUGGCCUACCGACGGUAGUGAAGAGUAUGGGAACUUUCUGGUCACUCAGAAGAGUGUUCAAGUGCUUGCCUAUUAUACUGUGAGGAACUUUACUCUAAGAAACACAAAGAUUAAAAAAGGCUCCCAGAAAGGAAGACCCAGCGGACGUGUGAUCACACAGUACCACUACACUCAGUGGCCUGACAUGGGAGUGCCAGAGUAUUCACUGCCAGUGCUGACCUUCGUGCGAAAGGCAUCCCAUGCAAAGCGCCACGCAGUGGGGCCCGUUGUUGUCCACUGCAGCGCUGGAGUUGGAAGAACAGGCACAUAUAUUGUAUUAGACAGUAUGUUGCAACAAAUUCAGCAUGAAGGAACUGUCAACAUAUUUGGCUUCUUAAAACACAUUCGUUCACAAAGAAAUUACUUGGUGCAAACUGAGGAACAGUAUAUCUUCAUUCAUGAUGCACUGGUUGAGGCCAUACUUAGUAAAGAAACUGAGGUGCCAGAUGGUCAUAUUCACGCUUAUGUUAAUGCUCUCCUCAUCCCUGGACCAACGGGCAAAACAAAGCUAGAGAAGCAAUUCAAGCUCCUUAGUCAGUCAAAUAUACAGCAGAGUGACUAUUCUACAGCACUAAAGCAAUGCAACAGGGAAAAAAACAGAACUUCUUCCAUCAUCCCUGUGGAAAGAUCAAGAGUUGGUAUUUCAUUCCUGAACGGGGAAGGCACAGACUACAUCAAUGCCUCCUAUGUCAUGGGUUAUUAUCAAAGCAAUGAAUUCAUCAUCACCCAGCACCCCCUUCUCCAUACCAUCAAGGAUUUCUGGAGGAUGAUAUGGGACCAUAAUGCUCAGCUCGUGGUUAUGCUUCCUGAUGGUCAAAACAUGGCAGAAGACGAAUUUGUUUACUGGCCGAAUAAAGAUGAGCCUAUAAAUUGUGAAAGCUUUAAGGUCACUCUUAUGGCUGAAGAACACAAAUGUCUCUCCAAUGAGGAAAAACUUAUAAUUCAAGACUUUAUCUUAGAAGCUACACAGGAUGAUUAUGUACUUGAAGUGAGGCAUUUUCAGUGUCCCAAAUGGCCAAAUCCUGAUAGCCCCAUUAGUAAAACUUUUGAACUUAUAAGCAUUAUCAAAGAAGAAGCUGCCAACAGGGAUGGACCCAAGAUUAUUCAUGAUGAGCACGGAGGAGUGACGGCAGGAACUUUCUGUGCUCUGACAACCCUUAUGCACCAACUAGAAAAAGAAAGUUCCAUGGAUGUAUAUCAGGUAGCCAAGAUGAUCAAUUUGAUGAGGCCAGGUGUCUUUGCUGACAUUGAGCAGUAUCAGUUUCUCUACAAAGUGGUCCUCAGCCUUGUGAGCACGAGGCAGGAAGAAAAUCCUUCCACCUCUCUGGACAGUAACGGUGCAGCGUUGCCUGAUGGAAAUAUAGCCGAGAGCUUAGAGUCUUUAGUUUAACACAGAAUCGCUUUCUAAAAUUAGAUGGGAAAAUUAGUCCAUUUCUUCUGUUACCUGUUCACUUCCCAUCACCUGACAUGAGCUUUCAUGACAUAAGAUUCUGUUCACAAAUUUGCAUCAUUAACAGUGUGUGCCUUUUUCAGGAUUUCUUGUAAUUCACUUAUUAUGUAUGAACUAAAAUGAUUGAAUUUUACAGUAUUUCUAAAAAUGGAAAUGUGGUAUUUUUUUCUGUAUUGAUUUUAACAGAAAAUUUCAAUUUAUAGAUAUUAGAAAUUCCCAACUAUAAGAAUUUGUGUUUGUUUUUUAGUGUCAAGUUUUUAGCUGUAUUUGUAGCAAUCAUCAGGUUUGCUAGAUAUGUAACUUUUAAUAUAGUCAGCUGUAAAUAAAACACUGUUCUCACUAUGCUAUUCAACAUUUUACAAUUGCAGUAUUCACCUAAAGUAAAAAUAAUCUGAUACUUACUGUAAAUACUGCUCUAGUGUCUCCGUGGACCAAAUUUAUAUUUAUAAUUGUAGAUUUUUAUAUUUUACUACUGAGUCAGUUUUCUAGUUCUGCGUAAUUGUUUAGUUUAAUGAUGUAGUUCGGUAUCCGGUCUUACUCUACAUGCCUUCUGAUGUUGUAUCAUGUUAUCUAAAUGAUUAAUUCUGCUUCAACAUGUAAUUUUAAGUUUUCUGGAAAAUAGAAAUAUGUUUGUUUUGAAAGAUGAUGUUUUUAUGAGAAUAACACCUUACGCAACUUGUUUAAAUGGUUUUUAUUCAAGGCAUUGCAAAAAUAAAUAUAAAUAUUGCCAACA